AUGCUCUGGCUGCACGUCGUCCAGUACGGUGGAUUCUUUUUCGCUCAACUCACGAACUCCCUGCUCAUCUACCUGAUUAUGACGAGAGCUAAGAAACUUUUUGGCUCUUAUAGACAUGUAAUGUGCACUUUUGCCAUGUACUCCUUAGUGUACACGUGGAUUGAGGUUCUCACACAGCCGGUAAGUUGCGAGCAUUUCAAGGGGUGAAAUGUCUCCAUCCAACUAGAUAACGGCAAUUGGAGCCUAAGCUAGGACUUUUCUAGAUUCUAAGUUUAGGUCAUCAAUAGCACUUUGGUCCUAAAAGUCUAGCCCCUCUCGUCUACAAAGUAGUUGCUUUCAGGUAAUGCACAUCAAGGGACCCGUCUUCAUCGUCUACAUGGAUAGCCCGUUGAAGUACUACAAAUGGAUCGGCAACGACGUCACCUGCCUGUACUGCGGCUCGUUCGCCCUCAUCAUUUCUCUGCUCGCCGCGCAGUUCUUCUACCGAUACGUUGCAAUGUGCAAACAGGAAUUCCUUCCGGAAAUCGAGGGCUGGAAACUGACGUUCAUCUUCGUUCCCUGCCUGAUUUGCUUCGUCGCCUGGUUCGAGUUUGUGUACUGGGGAAUGGCGAACACCGUCGAGAAGCAGUUGUACAUGAAGUAGGCGGAUUACCGAAGAAGAGACGAGAAUGUCAUUUUUCCAGAGAAGAAUUGUUCAAGUAUUACGAGGAGGAUUCGGAGCGAGUCUCUUUCAUCGCUCCAAUGUAUUGGUCGAUUGGAAAAGACGGAGAGAAAGUCUGGAAGUUCUGGGAGAUCAUGUCUUCUGUCGGUUGUGCCGUGAUCAUCGUCAUCUGCUUUUCGACUAUUCUCUACUGUGCCUUUAACAUCUACCGAACAAUGAAAAGUGCUAGUUGUCACAUGAGCUCAAAAACGUUGGACUUGAAUCGUCAACUCUUCAUCACCCUCACUUUCCAGGUAACCUUUUCUAGUGGAUAUCCUCUAAAUUUGUAGAAUUUCCAGACUCUUCUCCCAUUUGUGAUGAUGUACAGUCCGGUGGGCCUUCUGAUCACUCUUCCGAUCUUCGAAGUGUACGUCGGAAGCAUUGCCAACCUCGUGGGCGCCAGUGCCGCCGUCUACCCAUCGCUGGAACCAAUGAUCGCAAUGAUUUGCAUCAAAGAGUUCCGAAGAACUAUUCUACGUGAGUUUGUAGGAGGGAGGAUUAGGCUUUCGCAAAGCUUGAAUCGGUCUUCUGCCCAUCCCUAUGAGCAGCAUUCGUUCAGAUGACAGUCUUGCAGGUACUCCACGCAUAAAAGUGUCUCACAGAGGUCUGUCCUACUUCACGACCUCCAGUGCUUGAACAUUUCUACUAAAACGUGAUGACCACGCAUUUUCAUGUUUCAAAUAAAGAAUCAUCAUCAUCAUCAUCAUCAUUCUUAUUUAAUGAAAAGCUUACGGGGUCUGUUUGUUUCUUUCUUUCUCCGUUUUCCCGGCCAUUUUUUCAUUUCUAAAUCGGAAAAGGUUGUAGCGGAGAAACUAAGAAAUGAAUACGUGAACUUUCGAACGCUCAUGAGUAGGCUGGUCGAACAGGCGAUUUCAGGAGCCUGCGCCUGUUUUUUCAGGCGCCUGUUCGACCAGCCUUGUCAUGAGAAACAAACAAGCGGCGAAGACCGCGCAGCGGGCUCAGGAUUCAAAAGACUUGUAA